AUGAAGCUCUUCUACCUUUUCACCGUCUUUCUAACCAUCAAACUCAUAUCAACCGCUCCGCUUCCAACUCCUACUCCACUCUCUGUUUUUGGACCGUGUCAACAACGAUGUAUAACAAAAUUUGGAAGGUUGGAAGAACGAAUGACGAACGCUGGAACAUUUUAUCGCGAGAUCGAUCUCGUGGACAAUACAGAAUUUUCAUUGUGUCGAUUGGGAUGCGCUCAUCCGGAAUUCUCCACUCUCAACCUUCCGGAGUUCCUUUAUGGACAAUCAAUGUAUCGAGAGAUAACAACAAGUUCAGAAAUUGAAUCGAGUAGCAACGUUGUGACAGGAGUUCAUUUUUUGUGUCUCGAUCACUUGACAAACAGGAGCUCCUCAAAGUCAUCAAGUAGUAAUGGAUUUGUUGGAAAAGUGAUAUUGACACUUGACGACGAUAAGGAGGAGUCAGACUAUGUUCACUACAUUGAACUCAUCGCGCGCAAUACGGAAGAUGGCUCUGAAUCGGUCGUCUAUAAUAGCUGGUGCUAUAAUUCGAACUGUAAUAUCACUUUCAACGAGUUCACCGGUUCAGAAGUUCGUCUCCAAGUAUCCUCCUUCAACAAGGAUGGACUCGUCGGUCGGCAUACAUUUUCAAAAUGGUACAAUACCGAGAAGCAUCUUUCGAAUACAUCAAUCAACAUGUCAUUAAAAAAUGUAGAAUGGAAUGAGGAUAAAGCUGCCGCACGGUUCGAAUAUAAGGAAGAAACAAGUCAUGAAGUACCAGUAUGUGCAUUUUAUGUGAAAUACAAAAAUGCAUUGAGCUCCGAAUACAAAGAAGUGAACUUCUAUUUGGACCACACGAAGGAGGUUCUCGUUAAAAACUUGAAUUUUAAUCAAAACUAUUCGAUGCAUUUUGUUAGCAGCCGAAAUGAUGCAGAAGGCAAUGUUAAUGUAGUGGUUCCUGUGUGUAAUAAAAUGGUAGAUGACAUGACGAUGUGUGCUCCUCCACCUGUUUCAGUCGUAUCUUCAACCUGGAAUACAUCUUCAUUAUCCGAGAAUGUGUUGAUUAUUGAAUGGAAGUAUUAUUCAGAUGAGAAAAACAAUCGGAUUGACAGUGCCGUACGGACAUCUCAUUUUCAAUUGACUGUGCAUCCGCUCAUAACUGGUAACAACGAAAAAUGUGAGAAAUAUGAACCGAUUCGACGAGAAGUCUUCUAUACCCAUCGAAGAGUUGUCUUCCAUGUUCCUGACUCAAAGUGUAAUUAUGAAGUGGAAGUAUCAGUAUUUGAUACCAAACGAAGAAGAAGUGAGACGAAAAAGAUCAAGAUUGUCCGUGUCAACGAACCAUCUUAUAUGGCUCUCCUUUCUCCGACUGACUAUCCUACAACUAUUGGAUUCGCUAUUCUUCUGAUUGCUACGAGUAUCAUUCUUUUUUUGAUCAUUCUCAUUGUCAUGUUGAAAAGAAGAAAUCACUCGCACCGAGGAAGGAAGGGAGAGACGGUCGUCUAUGCUUAUGUUGAUGAUCCGAAAAGAAAUGUAAUGAAAGUUCGUCCACCUGGAUCCAGAUUCAUGCCAGUUGAAUAUAUCAAUCGUGAUGUGGAGGCAGCAUUAACGCAACGUACCGCUGGAUGUAAUCUUCGCGACGGAGGAAAGAGCAAUAUGUUCCAAGUACUCCCACAACCGAUCGGCGAUAACGUGUCAGAGAGUCAGUACGACUACAUAACGGAAUAUCAAGUAGAAUCGGAUUUGAGUGAUGAAGUUUUUGAGGAAGAUAUCUGCAUUUCUACUCCGAACUCUUCAUUCCGUCGCUUCGAUUCUCCUUCCUUCUGCCUCAUGGCACCAAUCGCACCGUUUGAGGAAUUCGAUGACCUGCCAGCAUAUGCAUUCCAGAACUUCCGCUUCGGGAAACCGUAUGAACGAGAAGGAAAUACAUACUGUUUGAUGACUACCGCUGUUGAUGUAUCUAGAGGACACUGCUAUUCACUCAAGUACCCAAAAGAUUAUUCUGAGCCAUCGAGAAGAGCAAUGCGUCGGGAACUGGAGAUCCUUCGAAUUCUUCCGAUUCAUCCGAAUUUCGUUCGUUUCGAUGGAGUUGUAAUUGGUCGAUGGGAAAAUAUUCCAUAUCAGAUCACUGGAAUUUUGAUGGAAGAAUGUCAAGGAGGAUCAUUGUAUGAUUACAUAAACUCGGCUGGAUACGUACUCCGUCGUCAAGGGAUGCGAACUCCGAAUGAUCAUCACCUUCCUAUCAUUGAGGGUUCCCCGAACAUGUCGUCUGGAUAUGAUAGUUUCACUAGCAAAGGGAGACAAAGUCCAGAUCAAAAUAAUCAAAAGGAAGGCAGCUCGUAUCAGCAAGUGUCUUCCACUCUCUGCAGCUUCACCGAGCAAAUCUCGAGAGCCCUCGAACAUCUUCAUUUCGCCAAAAUUGUUCAUACGCGAGUCGCAUCAACAAGUGUAUAUCUCACGAGUGAUUACACUGACCCUCUUGAAAUGCCUUCUGAACAAAUGGUGAAACUUGGAGACUUCUCGUAUGCUUCUGGUUCGAAUGACGCCAUCGUUGCUGAUCCAAAUCUUCAACCGCCAGAGAUUAUUAUGGGAAAGAAAUACGAAUCGAAAGGUGACAUCUGGCAGUUUGGAAUGUGCCUUGUGGAUAUGUGCACUCUCGGAGUUCCAUAUCAGAUUCAGAAGAAUAUUCCAGUCUCUGGAAUCACCGAGUUUGACAAGCUUCCAUCGACUCGAUUCCUUCGCGACACGGCUAAAAAAUGUCUGAAAUCGCGCAAUCGUCCGACUGCAACGGAACUUCGCUCACUUUUCGUGAAUAGGGCGAAUCUCGAACGCUUCUGA